AUGUUAAUAAACCUCGUUCUUUCAGACUGGUGCUAUCAAUCCCAGGUCUCCUGUGACCACACAUGCAAAGGUCCUGAUGAGUGGGUGGACAUAGUACCAAUGUGUGGAGGAACCAACCAGUCACCAAUUAACAUUGUAACAAAAAAAAGGAUUAUUCAAAACUUUGCACCACUCAAAUUUCAUGGUUACCAAAGCCCAUUCCAGGGUUUGAUUUUUAACAAUGGUCACACAGUAAAGCUGAGCUUGCCAGGCACUGCAACAAUCGAUGGUGGAAAGCUGGAGGACAAAUACAAAGCAAUGGAAAUCCAUUUCCACUGGGGUAAAAAUGGUGGGCCUGGAUCAGAGCACACCAUUGAUGGAGAGCAGUAUCCAAUGGAGAUGCAUAUUGUUCACAUAAAGGAAAAGUACAGCUCUGUUCAAGAGGCUACUGAAGACACCUCCGGACUAGCAGUUCUCGGAGUCUUUUUCCAGGAAUCGGGAAGUGCAAACAAGAAUUAUGACUCCAUUAUAGAUGCUCUGCCUAAUAUCACACAACCAUCCAGCAAUUCAUCUCUCAGCUUGGCAUCAUUGGACAUGCUUAUUCCUCAAAAGACCAAAUUCUAUCGCUACCAAGGGUCCUUAACUACACCCAAUUGCUCAGAGGCAGUAAUCUGGACUGUCUUUGAAAAGCCUGUUGAUCUCGACGUGCAGCAACUUUCUGCGUUCUCUAAUCUGAUAUUUUCAAAUGAGACUGCCAUGGUGAAGACAUUUCGCCCUGUGCAGCCACUCAACGGGCGAGAGGUCUAUUAUUCUGGAGCGACUCUUGCAUCUGCCAGCAUCAUACUUGUUAUCAGUGGUUUUCUCACGGCCUGCUGGACUGUACUGGAUUAA